GGGCUGUUAAACUAUCUCAAGAACUUCCCGUAUCAAACACACCUGCUUAUAUUUACUACAAUGACUUUCCUCAGUAUAAGGCUAUAGCAGCUGGACAAUCUAAAAAGAUUCUUUCGAUCCUACAAAAUAUUCUCGAUGUUUUAGAUGCGAAAGCUAACAUUUUAGAUGUUCCAGUGACUAAAAGUAUGCACGAGAAAUUCACCUCUAUUAUUGAUGCUAACGAUCGGAUAUUGGAAAAAUUGGCGAUGGCCAUGGAUUUUGAAGAAGAUCCUCAGCGUAAAGCAUUCUUUCUUAAAACAAGGUCUGAAGACCUGGUGGUUGCUGUUCAUCGAAAAAACACAACAUCUCUUGAAUGGUUAAAAACAAAAAAUUCAAAUGAAGAAACUAAUGAGGGUGUUGAUUUUUCGGAAAAUUCACUAAAACUUUUAUCCUCAAAACAUAUUGUCAGACCACAAACAUAUUUCUCCACUCCACCAGACAAUUCAUACUCAUCGUUUCGACCGAAAAUAAAAUCAAAACCAAAUUGUAUUCAACCACUUCCUGAAUUAUUAUCCAACAAUAAUGGAGAGUUGACGGAUUAUCCUCAUCCAUACAAAGCAGAAUUAGAAGCGUUUGCCAAUAGUCUACCUAGUUUGAAUGAAAUGAUGUCGGAAGAUUUUCCAGUGAAACCUUUGGAUUCAUCAUAUCAAUAUGUUGACACACCAGAUACUCUUGAACAAAUUAUGAAAUCCCUUUCCAUUUGUAAAUAUAUUGCGGUUGACUUGGAACAUCAUAGCUAUCGAAGCUUCUUGGGCAUUACAUGUCUAAUACAAAUGAGUACAUUGGAUACUGAUUACAUUAUCGAUGCAUUGGCUCUACGUGAUCAUUUAUCAAUACUGAAUGAAGUAUUCACUGACCCGAAAAUUGUUAAGGUGUUUCAUGGAUCCGAUUCUGAUUUAAUGUGGUUACAACGAGAUUUCGGUGUGUAUAUGGUCAACUUAUUCGAUACAGGCAUAGCUGCUCGCCUGCUACAAUAUGGCCGUUUCUCACUUAGUUAUCUAUUACAACGAUUUGUUGGCGUAAAUUCGAAUAAGAAAUAUCAACUAGCUGAUUGGCGUAUAAGACCCCUGCCGAAUGAAUUGAUCGAAUAUGCACGAACAGAUACACAUUACCUAUUACAUAUUGCAAGUCGUAUGUGUCGAGAAUUACAAGAUAGAGAUCUAUUACCAGUUACUAUUGAACGAGCAAGACAAUUAUGCCUUAAAUGUUAUACGAAACCUGUAUUCAAUAGACUCGGUUAUUUGGAUCUUUAUAGACAAACUGGAAGUAGUAGUUUCAGUCAUCGUCAAUUAUAUGCUUUAGAAAAUCUUUAUGCUUUACGUGAUUCGAUAGCUAGACGAGAAGAUGAAAGUCUCCAUUAUGUCUUACCAAAUCAUAUGUUAAAAGUAAUUGCUGAAGUAUUACCACGUGAAAGUUCUGGUAUAUUUGCAUGUUGUAAUCCUAUUCCUCCACUGGUGCGUAAAUAUGUUCACGAUUUGCACAAGAUUAUAGUGGAUGCAAGAAAUUUGCCUAUUACAGAUUUACCUCUCACUUCUGAAAAGCCAGGAUUAUCUUCUACACAACCAAAUUUGCAACAAGAAAAUGACAAACGAUCAUCUGUAAAUAUACUAACUCCACAAAACUUAAAAUAUGCUUUGCCUCAUGAUUAUUCUCGUGAAAUUCAUUUACUUGUAAACAGUCCAGAUUAUAGUGAUGUCACUUGUAUAGAGUUAUCAACUAAUAGGAAAUCUUCAAUGUUGGCAUCAGCCUUACUACCGAAUCAUUGUCUAGCGGGAGUUAAAGUUAAUGAACAACAGGAAAUGGAUAAGACUUCGGAAAACAAACAGUUCAAGGAUAAAUUUCUUGAUCCUAAUCAUUUAUUACUUAUGAAGCUGUUGGAACUACUUAAAUUCCCAUGUUCUCCACUUACAACUGAAAAUAAAUCGUCUACAGAUACGAAUACUUCUGUUCUAACUGUUGUCUCACAACAAACAAUGUUACAAGAAUCCUCUGAUACGCUAAACACAUCUGAACACCUAAUCAAAGUGGACGGUGAUACAACUCAAGAUAGUUCGUGUAUGAAUGAUAGUCAAUAUUCUAUUGCUUCUGAUAAUGGAUAUUCCAACAAAUUAAAACGAUCACACAACAGUGAAAUCAUUGUUAAAGCGACACCCAACUUCGGUGAUGAUGAAGUGGUUCUUUUGUGUAAUGAAAAAACAAACACCAAGGGUAAAAGACGCAGGAAAACUUAUGAACAACAAAAAUCAACACUGCGACAGGGUAGCAAUUCUAGUCAUCAAAGCAAUCCCAAUAAAAAUAUGGAAAUGGAUGAUGUAUCCAUUUUAAUUAAAUGUGAAUCUAGUUCUGAACAAUUAGAAGGUUUGUAUAUAUUUACUUAUUUUGUUCUUAUUUUUUUUCCAGUUCAUGAAUAUUCUAGUGUGUAUAAACAGUGUAGAUUCAUAAGUUUAUAUUUAAGCUUCAUAUCCCUAUACUACUAAGCGGCAGUGACAACAGCUUGCUUAAACAUUUAUGUUGUGAAUCGAUAUUAUUUUGUUUGAUUAAAGUUCAGUACAGGAUAACGAUUAAAAAAAUUUUCCAGUCAGAACGUGAAAUCUAACGUGACUCUGAUUGAUCGAAUUAUUGUUCAAUUAAUAACAGCCCCCCCCCAAUUAGUUACUAAUAAAAGUAAUUGAUGUUCGUAUACUCUAACGGUCCCAAUAAUGGUAGUAUAGUAUAAUAUUUGUCGUUGCGACAACUCCAACAUGUAAUUGGAAUAUUUAUAUUCAUCAAUCCUCCAAUAGUUUGGCCCAUUUAUUUCUCCGACUGUGCGAAUAGCCCAACAAAUCUUCCAAUUUUGGUUUUAUUUUAACUGAAUCGUUAUUAGUUCUAAACGUGUAUGUACUCACUCAUUUAUCCUAAAAAAGCAAUGUAGUCUAUUAUGGUGUUAAAUACCUAAAACAUUGGACGAAAACACCACAACUGUCAAUUCAUUUUACAUUUUCGUCUACUGUUUUAAUAAAUGAAAGGCAAUCACACUGGAAUCUAUACUUUCUACAUCAGUCAUGGUUUCUUGAGGCCCGAAUAACUCAUUGAUAACGUCUGAGAUUGUGAAAUUGUUUGGCUCGUGUUCGAAUCCCACAGGGAUCACGAGUUUCCUCAAGAUUUUUGCUAGGGUUUGCUGACAAGUGCCAACUAGCAUAAUACCGAGAUCUAUCAGUUCUUCUUGCCGAUUACCUUCAAUCACUUCAUAUAUAUGACUGAUGAACAAAACGCUUACUGCAGCUAAAUUGAUAAAAAGAUUUUAUGAUCGAAGAUUAUGAACGACAGAUGCUAAUUAUCAAGAAAGUAUUUAGAAGAUGUGUAUUUGAAUUCUUAGGCAGGAAUCUCUCACAAUAUUGCAUAUCUAGUACAGAGAAUUCUUUUACUGCAACAAAAUUUAUGGUUCAUAAUAAUAAAGCAGAUCAACCGUAGUUUACAUGGAGUCUCGUACAAGUAUGGAUUGAUCCUAAUCACCUUAUCAUAUUAACACGACGAGAUGAAAUCGACAAAAUAAAUAGUAAACGAGUCAAAAUCAUGUGACAUUUAUGAUAAUAAGAAUAACUAAACAUUGAUAAUAUUUUCUUUAAAAAUAUAGGAUCAAAAGAGAUGUAGGAAACAAUAAUGUGGCUCAAGAUUUAGAUUAAAAUAGUCAGUAAAUGCAUCCGAGUAAUUGUAACAAAGCGCGUCUCCAACCAUUAACAGUGGUUAUCACUUGAUUAUUAAUUUUAUUAUCUGUCAAAUAGAUAUCAAAUAAACUUUUACUUAGAACCAGGAAAUGAAUAAAGAUAUUGGUAUUAUCUGAGUAAUUCACAUCGUAAUUUACCAGAAACUUGAACCAAAAGUUAGAAAAUAGUUGAAUGUUCAGAAAAUAAAUUAAUUUACAAUAAUGCCUAAAUCAAUCCAAAACAAUAACAGAGAGGAAUAUUCUUUAGACGCAUUGUUAAUAAUUCAAAGACAUUAUUGGGAACUAACGUACUGUGGGUAGUAUAUUGAUUAUGUUUUUAUGUAUAUAACAUGAUCAAGGAAUUACUGCAGUAGAAUAUUAGAUCUAAUAACUCUAUUAUAAUAUUUCCCUUCUAGAAACUCAGACACAGUAUCAAUUAAUCUCAUUCUAUAUGUUUAUUCAUUUCAUUGCACAAGAGUGCGUUUCACUUUUUUUUAUUUAACCCCAGCGAUAUAUGUUUUCCAUCUAUUGUUUUGAUUUUUCUCAAUUUUACGGGAAAAAAAAGAUUCUUCAGCUGACUAUACAUCGUUCAUCAACACACCACCUGUUGAGUCUUCAACAAAUGGUUCUUCAAAGAAGAAAAAGCGACCAGUGAAAAAGUUUAAAGAAUUUCGUGUAACAAUAGGACUAUUUUGCUUCACAAUCACAAAGAAACAAUGUAUCUGAAAUUCUCAUAGUACGGAGCUAACACAAAAAGUACCCACAAAUUGAUCUACACGUUGUUUUUCCCCUUCGAAAAAAAAUUGAAAGUUGAGAAGUUGUUGAACUUACACAAUUCAUUAAGCAUCGGAUUUAAAGCUGGAGUUUUUAUUUUUGUCAAGAACUUGUGUUAUUAAUUUACUAGACUACCGAAGAUCAAAAUAUGGAUAUUAUUUUUCAAACGUAGAACCAAACAGCCAUUUCAUCCUUGUAUAUAACUCAGUAGUUGGCAUACACAACUCCAGCAGAGAUCGGACCUAGAGCCUUCAGACCUUGUGGCGAACACUUAACCAUCUAAACCAUCAUAGUCGUCCCAAACAUCAAAAAUAACACUGAACACACUGAACAAAACAGGCUAAAUUCUCUUUAUUCUAUACAAGUGUACAUGCUUUAUUCUUUGUAUAUUUGUAUCAUUUUUCUUCACAAAAAAAACUAUAAGAUAUUUUG